GCGGAUCUCGGCCUGAUUCUCGGUCGUUUCGUAACCUGUGCUUUGACCAUCUCUAUCAUGACGAAAACUACGAUCCCUAUCACAGUUUUCACUGGUUUUCUUGGCGCUGGAAAGACCACCGUGAUACUUUCACUAUUACCAAAGCUUCCCAAGGAUAAUAAAGUUGUGUUAUUGAAGAAUGAAUAUGGGGAUGUCGAAGUCGACAGUAAAUUGGCCAAGGAAUCCAGUUUGACGGCCGUCAGUGAAAUUCUGAAUGGCUGUAUGUGCUGCGUCCUCGUGGGUCAAAUGCAAAACGCACUUUUAGAAAUCAGAGACCAGUACCAUCCAGACCGAAUCUUAAUCGAGUGCUCAGGUUCGGCAUUUCCAGCCACCUUGGCCUUCCAGAUACGGGAAAUGGAACGCAACACGGGAGGAGACUUCAAACUAGACUCCAUAAUCACAGUCAUAGAUGCAGAGAAUUUCGCCGGAUACGAGGAUACUUCUCCUACUGCUAAGAUGCAGGCUAGCUACACGGACGUGAUCCUCAUUAACAAAUGGGAGUCUGUAUCCGAUCGGCAUCUAGACAUUGUAAUGGACCACCUACACACUCUCAACGACCUUACACCGAAAAUCCGUUGCGAUGCGCGUGGUGGCGUUGAUCCAAGUCUCAUAUUUGGUAUAGACUCGAAACUAUUCCAGAACACGGAUGCCCACACUCAAGAUCCAUCUCAUGUUGACGAAGUACAAACUUUGACAUUAUACCGUGGCUCGACAGCAAGUUUGCCUCAUAAGCAUGGCGAUGACCACGAGCAUGCACAUGAGCAUUCCGGGGCAGCAAAUCCCUUGACCAACCUCCCAAAACUGAUAAUGAUAGAUACCCUAGAAGAAUGUCUGACAAAACUUGGGAAAGAAUCGGUGUGGAGAGUGAAAGGCUUCGUUCGGGUGCAAGGAGUCAAUGAUGUAGAGACUUACAUUGUUAACUGGGCGUUUGGUAGGUACGAACUGACUAAAUCAGAACCUUCCGUACUGGUGGGAGAUUGCUCUGUACAACUCACCGCUAUGGGAGAACAAGGGGAACUACGUAGAGCUAUUAGAUCGUUCUGUAGAGCACUUGAAUUGUCAAUUUUGUAGAUGAUCGAAAUGAGAUUUUU